UUGGACAUUUUAGGUGAGAGCAGAAAUUGGGUAUUGGUGGAAUUUGCCAGUUCUCUUGAUCUUUGUUAAAAAUCAGUUCUUUUUUAUUUUUUAUUAUUGGCUGAAACUGUGGUUGGGGUGGUUCAGUGCUCUGUGACUUUUAGUUGGACUGGUGUUUGGAUUCUGCAGAGUUUCUGGGUUUUCUGGUUGUUUUGGGUUGGAUCAGUAUCUAAUUUUGUCUUAAUGUGUUUGAGAGAGUUUGAUUCUAUGCUGUUGAAGCAUCCUGUGCCUUUAGAUGUUGCUGCUUUUAAUCCCAUUCCCUUGAGCUUUCUUAUACAUCUGUCCUUGCUGAUCUGUGUAAAGACUUGAAAUCUGUUUCUUAUACCACCUUCUGGGAUGGAUUCAAAUGUGCAUUCUGAGAAUUUUUCACUACCUGAAUCUACCCCGAAUUUAUCUCGAAGAAAUACAUCUUCGAAUUGGUCUAAAGCCUCGCGGGAAAGCUCGAUUAGGGAGGUGGAUGUAGGGGAUUUGGGAUCUAUACGCGUGAGGCAUGGAUCACGAGGGGCAGACUCAGAGGGGUUUAGCAGGUCCCUGAAAGAAAUUAGUGAUGAGGAUGCAAGGUUGAUAUAUAUAAAUGAUCCUGCCAAGACCAAUGAGGAGUUUGAAUUUUCUGGGAAUUCGAUCAGGACUGGGAAAUACUCCGUUUUAACUUUCCUGCCCAGAAACUUGUAUGAACAGUUCCAUAGGGUUGCGUAUAUUUACUUUCUUGUUAUUGCUAUCCUAAAUCAGCUGCCACAAUUGGCUGUUUUUGGUCGGGGAGCUUCGAUUCUUCCAUUAGCUUUUGUAUUGUUAGUGACAGCAGUUAAAGAUGCCUAUGAAGAUUAUAGGCGGCACAGGUCUGACAAGAUUGAAAACAAAAGGUUGGCAUUAGUUUUUGCGAAUGGCGAGUUCCAGCCGAAGAAAUGGAAAGAUAUUAGGGUCGGUGAAAUAAUCAAAGUCUUUUCGGGUGAAACUAUCCCGUGUGAUAUGGCGCUGCUCUCCACAAGUGACACAACGGGAGUUGCAUAUGUCCAGACGAUUAAUUUGGAUGGAGAGUCAAAUUUGAAAACACGGUAUGCAAAACAGGAGACACAACUGAAAAUUCCCGAAAAGGAUACGAUUGAAGGGCUGAUCACGUGUGAAAAACCCAAUCGAAACAUUUAUGGCUUCCAGGCAAAUAUGGAGAUAGAUGGAAAGCGUGUUUCACUUGGACCUUCCAAUAUCAUUCUCCGUGGUUGUGAGCUCAAGAAUACAGCUUGGGCGAUUGGAGUUGUAGUAUAUGCUGGCAGAGAGACAAAAGUUAUGCUCAACGGCUCCGGAGCUCCAUCUAAGAGGAGUCGACUCGAGACUCGUAUGAACCGUGAGAUAAUUUUCCUUUCCUUUUUCCUUGUUGCUCUCUGUACUAUUGUCUCCGUUUUGGCUGGUUUCUGGCUGAGGCAUCACAAGGAUGAGUUAGAUAUAAUCCCUUUCUUUCGGAGAAAAGACUACUCGGAACCCAAAGUGGAAAAUUAUAAUUAUUAUGGAUGGGGGUUGGAAAUAUUGUUCACGUUUCUUAGCUCAGUUAUUGUCUACCAAAUCAUGAUCCCCAUAUCACUAUACAUAUCUAUGGAGCUUGUCCGUGUUGGUCAGGCUUACUUUAUGGUUCAAGAUUCCCAGUUGUUCGAUGAAGGCUCAAACUCAAAAUUCCAAUGUAGAGCCCUUAAUAUAAACGAAGAUUUGGGACAGAUAAAAUUCAUCUUCUCUGAUAAAACCGGUACAUUAACUGAGAACAAGAUGGAAUUUCAAUGUGCCAGCAUCUCGGGAGUUGAUUAUGGUAGCAGAAAGUCCAGUCUUGAAGAAGAUCAAGUAGUGUAUGAAGUUCAAGUGAACGGACAGGUUUUAAGGCCCAAGAUUAAAAUAAAGGUUGAUCCCGAGCUCUUAAAAAUCUCGAAAGGUAGACCAUGUACAGUUGAAGGAAAACACGUUCACGAUUUCUUCCUUGCAUUGGCGGCUUGCAACACAAUAGUUCCUCUCGCUGUGGAUACAUCUGAUCCCGCAUUGAAGUUAGUAGACUAUACAGGAGAGUCUCCCGACGAGCAGGCAUUAGUAUAUGCAGCUGCAGCUUAUGGUUUCAUGCUCGUGGAACGAACCUCGGGCCAUAUUGUUAUCAGCGUUCAAGGAGAAAUGCAAAGGUUCAAUGUUUUGGGCUUGCAUGAGUUUGAUAGUGAUCGGAAGAGGAUGUCUGUGAUAUUAGGUUGCCCUGAUAACACAGUAAAGGUCUUCGUAAAAGGAGCUGAUACAUCCAUGUUUAGCGUAAUAGACAAAUCAUUGAACUCGGAAGUUGUUCGUGAAACUGAAAUGCAUCUCAAUUCCUAUUCCUCGAUAGGAUUGAGAACUCUUGUGGUGGGGAUGCGAGAACUGAGUGCUUCCGAUUUCGGGCUGUGGCAGUCUUCUUACGAGGCAGCCAGCACUGCCGUGAUUGGAAGGGCAGCCUUACUUCGUAAAGUCGCUAACAACAUUGAAAACAACGUUAACAUAUUAGGCGCAUCGGGGAUUGAAGAUAAGCUGCAACAAGGCGUGCCGGAAGCAAUCGAGUCUUUAAGAAUAGCGGGCAUUAAAGUUUGGGUUUUGACCGGGGACAAACAAGAAACCGCGAUUUCAAUUGGCUACUCAUCUAAGCUUUUGACGAGUACGAUGACCCAUAUUGUCAUUAAUAGCAAGUCUGCAAAUUCGUGUAGAAGGAGCUUGGAAGAUGGCUUGAACUUAUGUAAUAAGAAGAAGCUCACGACAUAUAAUUCCGAAGCAGACUUUAUAGCCGAUGCAAGUUCAGUUGCAUUGAUCAUUGACGGAACAAGCCUCGUUUAUAUCCUCGAUGACCGAGAACUCGAGGAAAAGCUGUUCCAGUUAGCGAGUAAUUGCAAUGUGGUACUGUGUUGCCGAGUGGCUCCAUUGCAGAAAGCUGGAAUUGUUGCCCUCGUUAAAAACCGGACAGAUGACAUGACCCUCGCUAUUGGAGAUGGUGCUAACGAUGUUUCGAUGAUCCAAAUGGCUGAUGUGGGGGUUGGUAUUAGCGGGCAAGAGGGCCGACAAGCUGUCAUGGCAUCAGAUUUCGCGAUGGGCCAAUUUAGAUUCUUGGUCCCGCUUUUAUUGGUUCAUGGACACUGGAAUUAUCAGCGGAUGGGCUACAUGAUAUUAUACAACUUUUACAGGAACGCGGUGUUUGUUCUUGUCUUAUUCUGGUAUGCGCUCUUUACGGCUUUCACGUUAACUACUGCCGUGACUGACUGGAGUUCCAUGUUGUAUUCUAUCAUCUACACCGCACUGCCUACGAUAGUGGUUGGGGUUCUUGAUAAGGAUCUGAGUAGAAGGACGCUUCUGAAGUUUCCUCAACUUUAUGGAGCCGGGCAACGGCAAGAAGGGUAUAAUGGGAAAUUGUUUUGGGCGACAAUAGUGGACACAGUAUGGCAGAGUGCAGUUGCGUUCUUUGUGCCUCUUCUCGCGUACUGGAAAAGUGAUAUCGACGUUUCAAGCAUUGGAGAUCUUUGGACACUAGCUGUGGUUAUUUUGGUUAAUAUUCAUUUAGCCAUGGAUGUGAUUCGGUGGAGUUGGAUUACUCACGCUGUCAUCUGGGGAUCGAUCAUCGCAACUGUUAUUUGUGUCGUCAUCAUCGAUGCAUUGCCAUUUCUUCCCGGUUACUGGGCGAUUUUUUACAUUGCGAGAGAUGGCGCAUUUUGGUUUUGCUUACUCGGUAUCAUUGUUGCUGCUCUCGUUCCUCGGUUUGUUGUGAAAGUUUGUGUGCAGCAUUUUACGCCUCGUGACAUUCAGAUUGCAAGAGAAGGGGAGAAAUUCGGAAAUAUUAUUAGGCGGUCCGAAUAUGCAGCUGUAGAAAUGAACCAAAUUGUCCAUCCUCCAAGAUGAUUAUGACCAUAGACACACAAUUUCAGUGUGAACUAGCCUGAUUCUUUUGGCCUAAUUUUGUAAAAAGUUUGGUCCUUUACAGGUUACUUGAGCAAUAUACACCAGGGACAGACAUAACAAUACUUUGAAGUUGUAUACUUAGGUCGGCAUUCUUUGUUGUUCAUGUUUUAAGAACAUUAUAUUGGAAUUGUACAUGACACUAUAUCAUCUUCAAGAGUUAUAAUGCUUUUGUUUUUCCUUGUAAAACAACUAGACGGAUAGUAGAUUGAGCUAAUUGUUGAUAGUGAAUUGUGAUAGUUAUUUUGAUCAGUACGUUGAUUUGUAAUGAUAUAAAUGUAUUAUUUUAUUUAUUUAAUUAUUCUUAA